AUGCUCGGUCUGCCUCCGGUCAUCCCGCGAGUCAUCCGUCCAGCCCGAGCCCUGAACGUGCGGUGCUCCCUCCAACUGCGCCAUAUGAAUACCCCAACGUUUCGGACAGAGGCCGAUAAACCACAACAUCCGAUUCUCGCCCAAACUGGGAAAAGCCGGGGAAUUUCCACCACGCAGCGCUCAUGGCCCUUAAGAGACCCAGAGGAGGCUUAUCUUCUGAAGAAUUUUGUGGAUCGGAUUGCAUCGUUUUUUGAUUGCACGGAUCGACUGCAACAUUUCGCGGUACACAUCCCCUAUCGCGCCCGUUACUGCAACACCUUGUUCAACGCUGUCAUGGCCCUUUCGGCGCGUCAUCUAAGCAAUACGAGCCAAUUCGACCCCUACAUAUCGGAUCAAUACUAUCAAGCUUGCCUGGAGACUCUGAUUCCUGCAUUGAAUGACCACGGGGUCACCAUGGAUGACGAUCUACUGGCGGCCACCGUUGUUCUCCGUUUACUGGAGGAAUUUGAUGUCCCACUGGCGGGAUUUUCCUUCGGGACCAAAGCUUUCAUUCAGGGUCCACCACCCUCUGCUUCCACCGCUCCAAGUUUACGACAGGCAGUCUACUGGAGUGGUCUGCGUCAGGAAAUCUACAAUUCGUUGAGUCUACAACAGGCCCCCGAUAUUGAUCUCAGCUCCCUCCACUCACUCUUUACCGCACUGGGACCGAACGCUGGUGACUGCGUAUGGGCAAACCAGGCCAUUGCACACUGUGCCGAUGUUUUAUUAUUCUCCUUUGGCACGGGCCCUCGUUCGGUGGCAGUGCAUGCCGAUUUGCAGAAGCAGAACCAACAAUGGAAUGAUGCCCGCCCGCCGUCGUUUGAUCCCUACUACGUGGGUGACGAUGAGGUGGAGAUUGGGACGACUUUUCCCGACAUUCGGUUCAAUUCGCCCUGGCAUGUGGUUGACGAUUUGUUCAACGAGAGACUAAUCAUCAAAUGGAUAGCAAUUGGCAACCAGUAUCACGAAUUGGCGAAGAUCUUGCUUUGCGUGCAUGAUCCCGGCAUCCCCACGGUGGGACCCUUGAGGCGACGAUUUGCGCAGGAAGCGGAUGAUGAAAUCCGCCAGGGUGUUUGGACGGUCUGUGGCGUGGCACUCUCGAAUGGAACUGUCCCACCUGCAAUGGUUGUUGGGUGUAUGGCGGUUCAUCUAUGUGGUGAUCGGUUCACAGAUCGACAGGAACAAGAGCAGUUGAUUCAGGUUCUCAUCCGGACGACUAAGUUGCAUGGGUGGCCAACACAUGCGCUCCAGCGUCAACUUUGGGAAACCUGGGGGAUGGACUGA